UCGACAUUCAUUUCGUGAUAUACAUCGUAAAGAAAAUACAUUGUCACAGAAAAAUGUUUAAAUUAUUAGUAUUUGCUGCCUUACUCACUGUCGCCUAUUCUCAAAGGCAGGCUGUUGCUUACCUAGCUGAUCCAGAGGGUAAAAGUGGAGUUAAUGGUAAUAUUACUUUUUAUGAAACCCCAUUUGGAGUAUUUGUUGUUGGAGAAGUUCAUGGUUUGACUCCAGGAAAACAUGGUUUCCAUAUUCACGAGUAUGGAAAUAUAAGCCCUGGCUGUAAAGCAAUGGGAAGUCACUACAACCCUUACAAUAUGACUCACGGUGGUCCAAAUGAUAAAAUUCGUCAUGUUGGAGAUCUUGGUAAUAUCGAAGCAGACAACAACGGCAUCGCGUUCGUAAAUAUGAUGGAUCGAGUAAUAGCACUACGUGGUGUCAAUGACAUUGUUGGUAGAGGAGUUGUUGUCCACAAUACAACUGAUGAUCUUGGAAAAGGUGGUGACGAAGAAUCACUUAAAACUGGAAAUGCCGGAUCGCGCCUCGCGUGUGGUGUAGUCGGAAAAAAUUCUAAUUUCUAGUUACCUUAUAGUAUAUCAGAUAAUUUUAUUUAUUUCAUUUUUCGAAUAUGUUGUAAUAUAUUCUUUACUCGUAUAUAAUUCGUUUUUUUAUUAUCAUGAAAUGUGAAAAAUAAAUUAUUUUUGCAAGCUCCGGUACGAUGCAGUAUCUUAAAAACAUGAAAAACUGCUUUAUCAACUUUGUUUUUGAAAAUAUAUAAAAGCGCAUCUUAGAUAAUUCAACAUUCAUUCAGUGAGAUAUAUCAGUCAGUAAUUACGUUAGAUUGCACUUCAUUUUGAAAAAAUGUUGAAGUUAUUAGUAUUUGCUGCCUUACUCACAGUAGCCUACUCUCAAAAAAGUGCUGUAGCUUACUUAACCGAUCCGAAUGGAAUUAGUGGCGUUACUGGAAAUAUUACUUUCACUGAAACAGCUUUAGGAGUUCUAGUUAAUGGAGAAGUACAUGGUUUGACUCCUGGACAACAUGGUUUUCAUAUACAUGAAUUUGGAAAUAUCAGUCCUGGCUGCUUAGGUAUUGAAAAUCAUCGUUUUUUUACACUUGUGACUCGUCUAUAAUUUUGUUUUUUCAUCUCAUUGAACAACCCACACUUCUAAUUGACAAUUUUCACUCAAUGGGAAUGAUUUUAAAUGGAUUUAAAUGUAUUGUCUAAUCUAUCGACUUCAAGGAUUUAUCCUUGUUCUUGAAGUAAUAAAUUCAUCCAUCACGUUUAUAUAUGAUUGAAAUACAUUUUAUUAACAAAACAUAAUUAAUAAUCUAAGUACAUCCACAAAUUUUAUGUAUGUAAAAUUUAUGAAUUUAGUCCUUUGGAUACUAAAUUAGAAGGAAUCGUUUUCUUGUAAUACUAAUUAAUCACGGAAUCAAACCCUUCACUAUCGAAAUGAUAUAGCUUUCCUUUUUUAUUCAUUGAAUUUUUUUGAAAUUUAAAACUACAAAACUUUUUUCAACCUAGCUCGUUUUUGUUAUAUUUUCUUUAUUCUUAUGCAUUGCAUCCUCCUUUUUUCCACGUUUAUGUUAUAAUUAUUCAAUUAUAAAUUGAAUUAAUUAAUAUACUUUCAUUUUAUGAAUUUUUCUGUUUGCAAUAUUCAUCUUUUUGGUUUCAUAUGCCUGAACCAAUUGAAUUUUAUAAUUUUUAAGUUUCUAUUUUUGUUAUAUUUUAGAUUCCACCAUUUCUUUUGCUACUCCACAUAAUUUUGUCUCCCCGUUCUUCGCGAGUAUUUUAUUUUAAUGCACAUAUGUGACGUGUACUGGAGAUACUUUCCCGAAACUAAUUUUGCAAAGAAAUGAUUGUUUUUUACAAAAAAUUGCGUUUCCAUUUUCUAUCUGUCCCAAAUGGCAUAUUCCAUUUAAACAAAAAAUGUCUUUUCAAAAUUUUAUUUUCUGAAGAAAUGGAUUUUCCACUUUCUACUUACAAAUUCUAUUAAAAAAAAAACAAAAA